ACACGCGGUGCUCUCGCGCCCCCGCCCUCUCCCUCUCCCUAUAUAUAUGGUCUGGUCACCACCCUUAGCCCUCGCUUCUUUUUCCCCCGUUCCUCUCCACUCCCCGAGGCUCAGGCCUCCCUCCCUCCUCUCUUCUAGGGUUUCCUUCGCCCGAAUUCCAUUGAUCCUCUCCGAUGGCCCUCUGUGGGAUCGCCGCCUUCCACCCGGUGGCGGAUGGCUGCGACUCGCGGCCUUUCCGCUGGUCCAGCGUGCUCGGCGAGCCCUCUCCGCCGCGGUUCUUGGUCGGAUCGCCACCGUUGAGGGGCUGGAGAGCGAGGUGCUCCUUGGGGAAGAUCGCGUCGGGGCCCGAGUCCCGAGGCGCGGCGGGUCGGACGGGCGGUUCCUCCUCCGCCGUGGAGGGCGCGCCGUUCCCGGAGGAGGAGGAGGUGGGCCCCGUGAUCAAGUUCAAGAUGUCCGACUUCGCCGUCUCCGAUCAAGUCAGCGUCGGCCUUCAAGGGAGGUUGGACGAGGUGAUCUUUGAGGCAACAGUUAGAGAUCCCGAGAGCCCGUUGUACAAUUCGAGAGUCGUACUUCGACAGCUUACCAGCAUGCAAGCGAGGCGCAGAGGUCGACGUGCAUUAGAGGUGCUGAAGAAGCUCGCUCCGCGUAGGAUCAUGUAUCACUCAUAUGCAAUGCAAGUUCAUGGUUAUGUGUCUCCAUCAGGCAGUGGGGAUGAUGACUCCUUCACCCUAGUGCACGGGUAUCAUGGAAGUUAUUCUCUAAGGCACUGGCUUCAGCUCUCAGAUUGGCUUCCAACCUUGGAAGCCACCCUGGCAUUGGAUGAAGAAUAUGUCAGAAGGGUAGGGGAUGACACAGUAGGAGGGCCUGCUGUUACCCGACAACUGCGUCUUACCAGGAUUUUGAUGAGAGACCUUUUGAUUGGUGUGAAUUACUUACAUAGUCAUGGGUUGGCCCAUACAGAGUUAAGGCUGGAAAAUGUGCAUAUAAGCCCAGUUGACAAACAUGUCAAAGUGGGCAUUCUUGGAAAUGCAGUUGAUUUCUUUGACAACAGUUCAAGUGAUAGCAUGGUGGAGGGAAACACUGACAGGAGGAGAUUGAUGAUCGCAUUUGACAUGAGAUGUGUUGGUUUCAUCAUGGCAAAAUUGGUCCUAAGGGAGCUCAUGGAUGCUUCAGUCUUCCUGAAAUUUAAGUCUUUUUUGAAUAAGGGGAAUAACCCAUCAUGCCUGCGUGAGUUUCUCUUGCCAAUUCUAUGCCGAGACUCUCCAUCUGGAAAUGCUGGUUUGCAAAUGCUGGACAGGAACUGGGGUGCCGGAUGGAAUCUUCUGUCACUGCUGCUAGCAACAAAACCUUCUGCAAGGAUAAGUUGCUUGGAUGCGCUGAGGCAUCCCUUUCUGUGUGGGCCUAGAUGGCGUGUACGCCCAUCUAUGCACGUCAUCAGGUGGGGUUUAGGUUCAACAGCUGUUCGGAUGGCAGAAGAUUACAUCUAUGGCCAACAUCAGCGUAGCCGGAUAUCUUAUUUCAUUGAAUUGAUGGAGUUGCUAAACCCCCAUCCAAGACGAAAGAGCUGGCUUGAAUUCCUGCCUGGUAGGUGGCGCCUAGUGUACUCUACAGGAAGACAUAUAGGACUGACACUUCGUCAACCUUCCUCUAGAGUCCUCAUUGGCAAUGCAUACCUCACCUUUACAAGAUCUACUGGUUCAGAUUUCCCUGCAUUUUCAAUUGUUUCGGACAUCAGCUUCAAAGUCAUGCCCAAAUCUCAGUGGCCUCAUGACAAGGCCGGUGCUCCUGGAAGUCUGGAUAUCAAGUCUUCAGUCAGAAUAGCCCCUGGACGAAGGUUUUAUCUCAAAGAAGAAACUGAAGCCAAGUGGAAGAGGGUUGGUCACAUCAAGGAGCCUCCAUCCAGCCUCCCUGCAGUUAAACUUCUUGUAGAGGGAAUUGAUAUAUCAAUGAGGAUUGGCUCUUCAUCAAGUAUUGAUUCCGCCAAGAGUGUGCUUCACGAGGUUCGAACUCAGAUCCCACCUGAAAUGUUUGAUGUGUCCGAACUUGUUUGUGGGACUUACGUGGACUCAAGAAUGAUGGUUCUUCGUGGGGUCAAUGGAUCAGCUUUGCUUUUCACCAGAUCUUGUUUGACAACUACAUGAAAGUCAUAAUUGCUCAUUGUUUUUCUCGAUUUGUCCAUUCCUUUGUAUAAUCCCAAAUCCCUUGGUUUUACUUUAUCCUCUCCCUUCAAUAUCUCUUCUUUCAAAUGGACUCCUAUCAAAUUGUUGUGUUACUAAUAGCUUCUUCAGGUGUAAUUUUCCAUUAUUUUUCUUGACAUGUACAUUUGUUUGUAUAAUCCCAAACCAUUAAUUCUACUUUAUCCUGUCUUUCAGCA